UAAGAUAUUUUCAUAAGAUAAUAAGUAUAAUGAUUUGUGAUUUAACUUGACAAAGAACAAGAUAUUUAACGCCUUGAGAUGUGUAUACACACAUAUAUAACGUUACCUUAAAACCUAACGAACACAAGUAUAGUUUAAGUCAUAAUUAUAGUGGCACAUGUUAUGGUAGUUGGCUAAACGUAUGUUCGUUUCAUAAAAAGCAUAGCCAACUAUGGCUUGCAAGACGUCUAGCUUAUUUACAACAAGGACAAGAUUGGCAGCAUUAUUCAUCACGUAUAUUGGAAGUUUUCUAUAUUUUGUUGGAUUUGUGACGCCAUCAUGGAUAACAUAUACAUUUGACACAGUAACAUAUAAUGCUGGAUUUUUCCUGACAUGCGUAGAGAAUGACUGCACUACUGAUGUUAAGAAAGAUUCCCUCUUCAAGAUGUCCCAAGUUUUGGGAUCCCUUGGAUUUGCUAUGUACACUGUUUAUGGAGUAUCUGCCACAUUAACGUUCAUCUGGACAAAACAUUGGAAGAAACUAAAGGGAAUUAAACUGACAGCUGGUAUCACGGCGUUAGCGGCAGGUAUUUUUAUUGCCAUGGCAACACUAACAAUGUUACAAAGUGACACAUUCGAAGAAAGUAAACUGAGCUAUAGUGCGUACCUAGGACUUGUAGCAGAUGUAAUCGCCAUUAUCUUAACUCCGUUUUACAUAAUCGAUGGUAUUACAACAACAAAACAACUAGACAAACCACGUGACAAACGCCAAAAGCGUUGGGACAGAACAGAACCGAUUCUACCCGGUUUAGCACCGGAAACCACAUUUAUUUUGGAUCGUUGUCCGACAUAUCACUCGCAAAUAAUGAAAGUGUAUAAUGAACCUAGACCCUCUACAUCCAAACAGUCUACAAAACGUUCAUCAACACUUCUUAAUAUGAUAAAAAACAAGAACCCAGAAACAAUGAUAGAAAUAGAAAAGAAAGAAGAAAGAGCAUAUGAACAAGAUUAUGAUAAAACAAAUAAUGAAGACAGCAGAGAAGCUCCAGAUCAAAUGCUAUUAUUUUAUCCUGAAGUAAUUGCUUUGCAACCAUUAACAGAAAAAAAUGAUUUCGAAAAUAAACCAGAGGUUAUUAGACAAGAAACAAUUGAAAUACGUGAUACGGAUAUCGAUAUAUCUGGUGUUCCAGACGAUUCCCAUAAUGAAAUAUUAGAUAAGAACCAGGAUGAAAAACAAGAAUUUUCAAAUGAAGCGCUCAAGACUGUAGAUAUUAACGAAUCAGAAUCACCCGUCUCUAAAAAGAAAAAGAAGAAGAAGAAACAUCAUAAAACAAAGAAACAGGUAAAAGAAGAAACCAUUGAUCCGACAAGUACAGACCAAUCGUCGUUGUUAACAACGCCAUCUCAGGAGAAAGAUCAACAAGCUGAUGGAGAAAAACCUAAGAACGUUUAUGGAGAAAAAAUACAGUUAGACGAACAAGAAUAUGACAAAAGUACUGAAGGAGAUGUUAGAGAAACGAUUAAAGACAACUUAUUAUUUUAUCCGGAAGUACCUGCCUUGCAACAAUCAGAAAAUAAUAUUGUUCAUUAUGAAAAUAAGCAAAAAUAUAAACCCGAUAAGAAAACGGGUAUGCUGGACAGCGGGAUAUUGGACAGAGAACACGAAAAACAAGAAGAUUCAAAAGAAGAACAAACGAAUGAAGAUAUGAUAGAGUCAACUGGCACCAAAAAGAAAAAGAAGAAACAUCAUAAAAAAAAUAAAACUGCAAAAGAAGAAACAACAGAUCAGACAAUUACAGAACAAACUAAUGAACAAGAAGAAAGGAUGGAGGGUGCAAGUCCACGGGUUGUUGGACACAAAAGCUCAGAAUUAGAAGGACAAUUAUAUGACAAAAUUACUGAAGAACUCGAAGUUAAUGAAAUACUCAAAAGUGAAGAAAUGAAAAUAGAAGAUAAAAGUGAAAGAAAAGACGAUAAAAGAAAGAAAAAGAAAAAGAAAAAGAAAGACGAACUACCGCAUUUCUUCGAAGACUUUGUAGUUAAGUAUAAAACCGGAGCAAUGCCUGAAUCAACUGAAUUAAGUCUUGACCACUUAUUGCAAGCGUCUGAAACUACUUCGACGGCUGAAGAGAAUAUAAAGAUUACAGAAAAACCUAUACCGAAAAGUACAAUUAAUCAAAGAGUUAUUUCUGCCAAAUUUAGAAUAAACAAGAUGUAAUCAUAUUGUCGAGAUAAGUUACGGAAGCUCUGAACAUUCAAGUGAAUUGAUUUAUCUCUUGUUAUACGUAUGUAAUGUACUAAGUAUAAACAAAAAUAUACCCACAUAUAGGGUUUCUAGAACAUGUAAAGUGUAUUACUAACAUUAAUGGCACUAAUUAAACUGCGUCAGAUACUGCAUUUUGACAACAAAACAAUUAAACAUAGUUUUGACCAAGCUCAA